CUGAGCCUCUAAGAGAAGCACGUACUGUACACACGUGAGACGCCAACUUUACCAUGUUGUCCGCACGUGUUUUCGGCUGAGGACACCGCAGCAGUGUCCGCCGGCCUUGCGGGGAACUGCUCCGGGUUUCAUGGCAAAACUUGAGAGUGCGGUGUCUCAUGCGUGUCUGCUGUUUGUUCCUCAUAAACACAAGAGCUAAAGAGCCGCGCCGCUAAGGUGAGCCCAGCAGAGCAGGCGGCGACUUCCAUCAGGGCAACCAUGUUCCCUGAUGCCCUGGAAGCAGCUGGCAGGAUGGAGGGCCUGUCGCUGUCCUCGCCGCAGCCAGACCUGCCAGAGCCAGAGGAAGAGGAAGCAGAGGUGGAGAAAGGCCCGAAGAGGAGAGGCCGCUACCGCCAUAGCCUGCAGCUUCUAAAGCCCUUCAGGAUAACACACAAGCACCAGCACCCAGUCGACAACGCUGGCCUCUUCUCCUUUAUGACUCUGCAGUGGCUCUCCCCGCUGGCAGUGAAGGCCUACAAGGCGUCCGGCUUGUCUAUAGACGAUGUGUGGGGACUGUCCUGCCAUGAAGCCGCUGAAAUCAACUGUCAAAGGCUGGAGUCUCUGUGGCAUGACGAGCUGAAGCGACGAGGGCGUGAAGGGGCAUCCCUGACAAGAGUCUUCUGGAGGUUCUGCCAGACCCGCAUGCUGGUGGCCAUCUUUGCUAUCCUCCUCACAAUGGUGGCAGGCUUUGUGGGGCCCGCUCUCCUGGUCCGAGCUCUGCUGCAGUAUUCCCAGAGCUCAGAGAGCUGUUUACUCUACGGCCUGUUGCUGGCAGCCGGGAUCUUCCUGAUGGAGCUGAUGCGCUCCUGGUCUCUGGCCCUCAUGUGGGCCGUCAACUACCGCACCGCAGCUCGCCUCCGAGGGGCAGCGCUGACUUUUGCCUUCCACAAGAUCCUCCGCCUGCGCAGCACUAAAGACAUCAGUCCGGGAGAGUUGAUCAACAUCUGCUCCAGUGACGGCAAGCGGCUGUACGAUGCCGUGUCGGUGGGCUGCCUGCUGGCUGGGGGGCCGCUGGUGGGGAUUUUGGGUCUGUCCUACACUGCGUACUUCCUAGGACCCACUGCACUGGUGGGGUCAGCCAUUUUCAUCAUCUUCUACCCCACUAUGAUGCUUGCAUCGCGCCUGACUGCAUAUUUCCGCAAGAAGUGUGUGGUGGUGACUGACCGGCGGGUGAGGCUGAUGAACGAGAUCUUGGGCUGUAUAAAGUUCAUCAAGAUGUACUGCUGGGAGGACGCCUUUGCUCAGAACAUCCACAAGGUGCGAUCAGAAGAGAGGACGAUACUGGAGAGGGCUGGUGUUGUCCAGAGCCUCACAGUGGGCGUGGCUCCCAUCGUCGUGGUGAUAGCUAGCGUGUGCACGUUCACCCUACACAUGGCCUUGGGCUAUGACCUCACUGCUGCCGAGGCUUUCACUGUGGUUGCAGUUUUCAACUCCAUGACCUUUGCCCUCAAGGUCACACCUUUGGCUGUGAGGUCGCUGUCGGAGGGAGCUGUGGCAGUGAAAAGAUUUCAGAGGCUCUUCAUGAUGGAUGACAGGGAGGUCAUUCUGGUGAAAAUGGAGGAUCCUAGCAAUGCAGUUGAAUUCCGGGAUGCCACACUGGCUUGGGACAACACCCGUUCUCCGGCAGCAAAACCUAAUCCGCCACCCAAGAAACCGUUUAAGAAAGGGGGCAUGAAGCGGGUGUUGCGAAGGGAGAAGCUUAGCCUGUAUAUUAUCACAGAGGAGGGCAAAGAAAACAGCGAAGGUCCCAACAGGCAAAGUCUCCUCACAAAUAUGGAGCAAGAGAGUCCACAAAGCACCAUCUCCUCUACUCAAAGUAUACGACCGCCGCUGCACAAAACACUGCACCGCGUUGACCUGCGAAUCAAGAGAGGAACGCUGGUCGGAAUCUGCGGAAGCGUGGGGAGUGGAAAGAGCUCUCUUCUGUCUGCUCUGCUGGGUCAGAUGACUCUGCUGGAGGGUAAUGUAGCAGUCAGCGGUGGUUUUGCUUACGUGUCGCAGCAGGCCUGGAUCCUCAAUGACUCACUGAAAGAGAACAUCCUGUUUGGGAAAGAGUAUGACCAAGAGAAAUACGACGCUGUCCUGGAGGCCUGCUGUCUUGUCCCAGAUCUUUUAGAGCUACCGUAUGGAGACAUGACUGAGAUCGGGGAGAGAGGUGCCAACCUGAGCGGUGGGCAGCGUCAGAGAGUGAGCCUAGCACGUGCCCUCUACAGCGAGCGGCCCAUACUGCUGCUGGACGACCCUCUCAGCGCCGUUGAUGCUCACGUGGGGUCGUACCUCUUCCACCAUGCCAUCCGGGGCGCUGCCAAGGGAAGGACGGUGCUCUUUGUAACACACCAGCUGCAGUAUCUGUCAGAGUGUGACGAUGUAAUUCUGAUGAAGGACGGGCAGAUUGCCGAGCAUGGCACCCAUGCUCAGCUAAUGGGCAAAGAGCGUGACUAUGCCACCCUAUUCAACAGCAUGCAACAGGAGAAUCUGGUGAAAAAGAAUCUGAAAAACAAGCAGCAGAGGGCAGGGGAGGAAAAGGCGGAGACUGCCGUCGCUGUUGCCAAGGUCACAAGACCAAAGGUGGAGAACAAGAAUGGAGGACAACUGAUGAAAGCCGAGGAGAAGGGGUCCGGUGCAGUGGCGUGGUCCGUCUAUGCCGCCUACAUCAAAGCAGCCGGAGGUCCACUGGCAUUCAUCAUCAACAUUUUCUUCUUCCUCUCCACCACAGGCAGCAUAGCCUUCAGUAACUGGUGGCUGAGCUACUGGAUCAGGCAGGGCAGUGGGAACACAUCAUUAAUCUUGGUGAAUGAAACGGUGACAAGCAACAGUAUGAGGCUCAAUCCGCACAUUCAGUACUAUUCAACUGUUUACGUCUUAUCAAUGGGAGCUGCGUUAUUGCUGAAGACAGUGAGAGGCCUUGUGUUUGUAAAGUGCACGGUGAAGGCGGCCUCCGCGCUCCACGACAAGCUGUUCCGCAGGCUCCUCCUCAGCCCCAUGCACUUUUUUGAUACAACACCUCUGGGUCGUAUCCUGACCCGAUUCUCCAGAGACAUGGAUGAGGUGGACGUGCUUCUGACCAUGCAAACCGAAAUGCUGCUGCAGAACCUGACGCUGGUGCUGUUUUGCCUGGUCAUGGUGGGCAUCGUCUUCCCCUGGUUCCUGCUCUCCAUCCUGCCCCUGGGAGCCUUCCUCUGCAUUGUCAACCGCGUCUCCAGGAUUAUGAUUCGUGAAUUGAAGCGCCUGGAGAAUAUCAGCCAAUCACCAUUCACCUCUCACAUCACCAGCAGCCUGCAGGGACUCUCCACCAUCCAUGCCUACGGACGAGGGCCCAGCUUCCUCCUCAGAUAUCAGGAAUUGUUGGACACCAACCAGGCCUCCCACUACCUCUUCAGCUGCGCCAUGCGUUGGCUGGCUGUCCGACUAGACCUCAUCAGCAUCUCUCUCAUCACUGCUGUAGCACUUCUCAUUGUCUUCAUGCACAAGCAGAUACCUCCAGCCUAUGCAGGCCUUGCUAUAUCAUAUGCAGUGCAGCUGACAGGCUUGUUUCAGUUCACGGUGCGGCUGCUCUCAGAGACAGAGGCUCGGUUUACAUCGGUGGAGAGGAUCAAUCAUUACAUAAAGACUCUAGAGAGUGAAGCACCCAGGCAGAGUCCCGGGGUAGCCGCUCCUGCCCUCUCCUGGCCUCAGCAGGGAAGCAUCACCUUCCAGGAUGUGGAGAUGCGUUACCGCGAUGAUCUGCCGCUGGUGCUCAAAAAGUUAUCCUUCACCAUCCUGCCUGAGGAGACAGUGGGGAUUGUGGGCCGCACAGGGUCAGGAAAGUCCUCUCUGGGCGUUGCUCUGUUCAGACUCGUGGAGCUGACAGGAGGCUUGAUUACCAUUGAUGGGAUCAAUAUUGCCCAUAUUGGCCUGGAUGACCUGCGGAGCAAGCUAGCCAUCAUUCCCCAAGAGCCCGUGCUCUUUAUUGGCACCAUCAGGACCAAUUUGGACCCAUGGGAUCAAUACACGGAUGCUCAGAUAUGGGAAGCACUUGAGAAGACGCAUAUAAAAGAGCUGGUCAGCCAGCUGCCUCACUCCCUCCAGUCAGAGGUAACAGAGAACGGAGAGAACUUCUCAGUGGGAGAGCGGCAGCUUCUCUGUGUAGCCAGAGCCCUGCUGAGACACAGCAAGAUACUUCUACUGGAUGAGGCAACAGCUGCCAUUGACUCUGAGACAGACCGUCUGAUCCAGGAGACCAUUUCCGACGCGUUCAGUGGCUGUACCACCCUCAUCAUCGCCCACCGUCUCAACACCGUUAUGAACUGUGACAGAGUCAUGGUCCUGGACAAUGGACAGAUUUUGGAGUUUGACAGUCCUGCUGCCUUGCUGGCAGAUGAACACUCCAGAUUCAGAGCCAUGAUAGAAGCAUCGGAUGCCAAACGGGACGAAGCACACCAGAGCUGAACCCAUGACGUGUACUGUGACACCGUAAAAAAUACAGCAGAAUGCUCGAGUUGCACAAGUAACAUUAAACCCAAUCCUGCCACAGAAAUAAAGUGAAAUAUAGAGGCUCGUGCAGAAGCUGCUAUAUGUAACGUGUCUGUUUAUUGCAAAACCAAAGACUUGUUGACCGCGUUUCAGAAGGACAUGUCUAAGACGGACAUAUCUAACUAUGCAAAGAAAGACGUAAUAGCCUCUUGUUCUUUGCUGCUGUGUCACAAGAGUUAUUCUUUUUCUUCUUGGAGCCAAAAAAAUUAACUUCAAGUGAAAUGGAGCAAUGACUCUUACAAAAGCACUUUAUAGUUCAUGUAUGUAGAUACAUGGAGGUGUUUGUGGUGCUUCGCUUUUCCCCUAUCUCCAAGAGGUAGGCUAAUCAUUGAAACUCUUAAUGUUUUAUUAAUAUAUUAUUAAUGUAACGAGGCAUGCACCGUGUAGAAAUGUCCAGUCAGGUAGAGAACAUGCUCGUGCUUGACAGUGUUACCUAGAUUAUGACGUAAGUCUACACAGUGUAACAUUGUUGAUAUGAAUGAUUGCAUAAGCAUUAAUCAGUCAAUACACUGUACCUCCAAAAAAAAAAUCACUUUGUAACCAUUCCACUGAGGUACUGUGUGAAAAUGUAGAAUUUUACCGUUUUCUUAUCACAUUUACUGUUUAAUACAACUGAAUUGUAUCAGAUGCUGUAUGUGUCUCCAGCCCUCAACAUUUGCAAGUUAUGAAAUGGGCUUAGAGUGUUUGUCUGCUUUUUUAAAUGGUAUGCAAAUAUUGUAUUUUCCCUAUAAAUCCAAAUGCUGAAGUUUCAAAUCUGCACAUUUUAUUUUUGGUGUGUAACCAAGUAAGUUCUUAUGUACGUGAAAUGGGAGAUCAGGCAUGUUGAGGCUGUAAAACAAAAGGUACAUUUGAUUAUUUGUACAAAAACUAAACAUAAUAUGAAAAGCAGCACUCAUUUUGUAUUUUUGUUAUGUUAUUAUUAAUUUUCUUUUCUUUUUUUUUUUUUACAAAGCUAGAUUGUAAACAUCUGCCUUAUAAUCAUGUACGGUGAGGAGUGCAAUAUCUUUCUAUUGCAGUGAUAAAUUAUCAAAAUUGCCUUUGUUUAACACUUGACAUUGUCAUUUUGCAGUAUGUUUUGUGAAUGUUUGAUUUUUGUUAUAAAAAAUCUUUCAAUAAAGAUAUUUUUAUACAAGCU